AUGUCGUACUUUUACCCAUCGGCCGAGUACGCCGAAGACCAGCCAUUGGCACGAACGAUUCUCACCACCCACGUCCUCAGCCGUGGCUUCCAGCUUGGCAGCGCGAUCGGCUUGCUGAACAGCGGUGCGGCAGUCCUUUUCAAACGUCGAUCCAUGACCGCACCCUUUCUUCUCCGCUCCGCAGGUACGGGGGGAAUCAUCGGGACUGGAAUAGUGGGAGUUGGCAUGAUCGCUCGGAUGUGGGGCCGAGAGGAGAUCGAAUGGAAAGAUCGCAGUUGGCGUUUACGGUACAACUCCGGCCAGGUGGACGUUGACAACUGGAGUGAACCGGCUGCAGCUCUGGGAGUCCUUGCGGUAGCUUCACGGCGGUUGACGGGACCUCUGACAGGGGGUUGGCGUGGACUUGCUGGCGGGGCUGGUAUUGGAUCGUUGAUCGGGGUCGUUGGGUGUAUGUGUGUAUCGAGCAUUUUGCCAAAGCAAAGCAAGUAA